CUCAAAAUUGUCUCCCUUUCACACUGAUACGGGUGACUGAACCACACUAAACAGGAUCUGCGUUCGCACUGAGCGGUACAUGAGCUAGCCGUUUUAGUGUUUCUGUGUAAUAUUAACGUGUUGUGAGCUUUGCAGAUCUAUACGACGGUCUGAUUGAACGAACUUCAGAUAGAUUAGACAGAAGACAAACAUUAUGGCGGAUCCAGCGCAUGUUCAAAUGCAAAUGCAGGGCGUUGCCCAACCGCAGGUACAAGGAUUGCCACCAGCUUUAAAUUUUCUGUCUGCACUCUCAGAGGUCAAUAUUCAUCAGCAUCUUGAUAUUCUUGAAGUUGCUAUUGGAUGGGAGAAAAAUAACAAAUACAGAAUAUGCAACGGUCAAGAUCAACAAUUCAUGUAUGCAAAGGAAGACACCGACUGUUGUGUUAGACAGUUCUGUGGUCCAGCUCGACCUUUUACCAUGAACAUUACAGAUAACAAUGAGCAGCCAUUGAUACAAUUAUACAGACCAUUUAGAUGUCAAGCCAGCUUAUGUAUGUGUUGUUACCUACAAGAGAUGGACAUAAUGAGUCCACCAGGCCUUUCAGUAGGAGGUGUUAAACAGCUAUGGACCCCUUGGAAGCCAAAGUUUGAAGUCCAUGACGCACAGAACACCCCUGUGUUCCACAUUAUAGGAGAAUGUUGCUUUUGUUGUCCAUGUACAGAUAUCACUUUCCAAGUUGUAGAUGCCCAGAAAGGUCAUGAGAUCGGACAAAUCAUCAAACACUGGGGAGGCUGUCGAGAAAUCUGUGGAGCUGUUAACGAUUUCAAAGUCACAUUUCCUCAAGAUCUAGAUGUGAUGAAGAAAACAUUGUUAUUAGGAGCCACGUUCCUUAUUGAUUUCAACUACUUCGAAAGAAACAAACAAUAAGACAAUGCCCAAUCAAAUGUAUAUCAAAGGUCAGAUGUUGUCAAACAAGGAUCCAGUAUCAAAUGUUUAUUAAAUGGUGGAGGACCAGAUCUGAUUGAAAUCCAGUAUCACAUAUUUUAAAGAAUAGAUUUUAUUUCUGAUUUUAUCAACACUUGAGCUAUAUAUUUAUCUUAUUUAUCAGUCUGUUUUAGUUUAUUUUUUAUUUGCCAUGUUAUUCAGUUUUUAUAGUUAAAAGACAUGUAAUUUAGUCAUAUUUUUAUAGAUUUAUUAUUUUCCAUUUUCAUUUUGUUUUACUGAAAAAUUGUAUUUUUAUUUUCUGAAAUCCAUGACAAUACCAAAAACUGUUUUUUUUAAAUUUUAUGCAAAUAAGAAAAAAUAGAUAAAAUGAGAUUUUUGUUUGUUUUCCCAAUUAAUAGGCAUUCAGUUAUGGCGCCAAGGAAAUUGUGUAAGACAGAAAGAGACGAAGUUAUCUAUUGAAUUUAUUUUAUUUUAAAUGGAUAUUUAUAUUUAUUUUCAUUUCAUUGUUGAAAAUGUUUUAUUUUAUUGCAAAACCUUACAUGAAAAUGUAGGAAGUGUUUUGGAAUUGAAGAUUAGUGAUUUUUUUCAUUAGAAAAAAUAAUUUUUAUCGAAUUUUAAAGUAAAGGAUUUUUAUGACCAUAAAUCAAAAUGUUCAAAGAAGAUAGUAUCAUUGUAUAUAUUUUGAAAAAUCUAGUAGUUGUUCUGAAUCAGAUUUGAAAAUUCGAUUAUUUAAAUAAUGCUUCUUCAGAUAAAAAUUUGAAAUAUUUAGAAAAAUAAAAAUGUUUUACACAAACUUUUGUAUAUCCUUUCAGUGACUGAUUUCAAAACAGCAGUUAUAAGAAUUGAUAAACAAUUGUUGUUUUUGUAUAUUAUUGCAAUAUCUACGCAUAAUUAAGAAAUUAAAAACCCUGUAAAACGAGACUACCUCAAAAGAUCUUAUUGCAAAACACUUCUUUUAUUUAUAUUUUUAAUUUAAAUUUUAAGGCAAUGGAUUUUAUUUUAUAUCUUUAUGGACUGUCCUUUAAAAAAAAGGCCAGUAUAAAAAUAACAUAUUUAUUGAAGAGAAAAAAAUAAUUCUGUAAUUAUUACUCAUAGUUUAAUAUUUGUAUAUUACUAUAUUUAAUAUCAUGUAUCAUUUGCACUAAUGCUAGAGCUUCUUCAAUUAUUUACACAGAAAAUACAAUCAAUAAAAUGUAGGCCAAUUAUUAACAUGAAAUAUAAUGUACAGUCAAGUAUUGUAAAGUGUUAUAUUAUAUCUCUAACGUUUUAUCUGAAUCUUCUGCUCAGAAGCCAAAACAAUCAUAAUGUUAGACAAUGAAUUAUGUGUAUAUAUGUUUUUAUAAUGUUUUACUCUGUAAAAAUGUCUGCAGACAUUCAGAAAAAAAAUCUUGCAUUUCAAGAUCUGUAGCAGUUUUAUUCGACACUAUAUUAAGCUUUAUUUAAGUAAAUUGUUUUGAAAUGGAUCCACAUUUGUUAAUUACUAAUAUUGCAUGUUACAUUUUUUAAAGAAUUUUAUGUGAAAAUCUCUUUAUAGACAGAUACUGAAGUUUUAUUAAGAUGUUUUUUCAAAAGUUAAUUUUACAUUUGACAGUAAAAACAUUUUAUUCAGGGUUAUAUGAUUUUAAUGUAGUUAUCCUUUUAUCUUUAAUCGUUUGUUGAAAAUAAAUAUCUUGUUUCCUUU